CGGCGUUGGGCGGGCUCAAGCCCUUCCGCGCUGACCCACGGCGCUCCCGCCCACGUCCGCAUUUAUAUUCGCAGUCGCCGGGUUCCGGGGCGGGCGCAGGGUUUUAGUCGCUUGGCGUUCUGUGUUGGUUCAGUUCGGUGAGGGACUCCCUGCGGCGUGUCGUCGGGCGCCUGCUGGCCCGUUGAGCGCCUGCCCUCCGGGCCGCCCGCGGGGGAAUUCGGGCAUCAGCCGAGCUCCUGCUCGUGUUCCCCGUCCGGUCCGGGGUUUCCGGGCACCGCUUCGACGGCGGCUUCGCCGGACCUGCAGACCGGGUCGCAGCCCGAGCCCCAAGCGGACGGAGUCAUGAGGCACCUGCCGUAUUUCUGCCGCGGCCAGGUGGUGCGGGGCUUCGGCCGCGGCUCCAAGCAGCUGGGCAUCCCCACAGCUAACUUUCCAGAACAAGUAGUUGAUAAUCUUCCGGCCGAUGUAUCCACUGGCAUUUAUUAUGGCUGGGCCAGUGUUGGAAGUGGAGACGUUCAUAAGAUGGUGGUGAGCAUAGGAUGGAACCCAUACUACAAGAAUACAAAAAAGUCUAUGGAAACUCAUAUCAUGCAUACCUUCAAAGAGGACUUUUAUGGGGAGAUCCUCAAUGUGGCCAUUGUUGGCUACCUCAGACCGGAAAAGAACUUUGAUUCUUUAGAGUCCCUUAUUUCAGCAAUUCAAGCUGAUAUUGAGGAAGCUAAGAAACGACUAGAUUUACCAGAACAUUUGAAAUUCAAAGAAGACAAUUUCUUCCAGGUUCCUAAAGGCAAAAUAAUGAAUGGCCACUGAUAAAAAA